UUGAAGACAUGAUUGUCUCUGCUCUUCUCACAUCUGUUGGGAUAAACACUGCUCUGUGUGUCUUGUUCUUUACCUUGUACUCUAUAUUGAGGAAACAACCUAGUAACUAUGAAGUUUAUGUACCACGCUUGUUGGCUGAAGGAACUUCUAAGCGGAGAAGUCGUUUCAAUUUAGAAAGAUUAAUACCUUCCCCUGAUUGGGUUGCAAAAGCAUGGAGGCUUUCCGAAGAGGAGCUAUUUUCAUUAUCAGGAUUAGAUGGUGUAGUAUUUAUGCGCACCAUAACCUUCAGUUUGAAAAUAUUUACUUUUGCUGGGAUUAUUGGGAUCCUUGUGCUUCUUCCCGUGAAUUGCUGGGGAAAUCAUCUACAAGAUUUUGACGUUGUUGACUUUACCAAUAACUCCUUGGAUCUGUUCACCAUAUCAAAUGUAAACAGUGGCUCUAACUGGUUGUGGGUCCACUUCAUUUCUGUAUAUAUUGUCACUGGAUUUAUAUGCCUACUACUUUAUUAUGAAUAUAAAUACAUAGCUUCCAAAAGAAUUUCGUAUUUUGAUUCAUCCAAACCUCAGCCGCAUCAGUUCACCAUUUUAGUUCACAGUAUUCCUACUUCCUCGAGUUGCAGUAUCAGUGACAGUGUUGAGAGCUUCUUUCAAGAGCUUUACCCAGCUACAUAUCUGUCGCAUGUGAUUAUUCGUCGUACAAACAAAAUCCGAAGUCUCCUAAUUGAAGCAAAGAAUUUGUAUAAAAGGAUUACUCAAUUACGUUCAGACCCUACUGAGCAAAAGUAUAAACAUGGUGGUUGUUUUGGACUUUUUGGACGAAAAGAUAAUCUUAUAGAUCAUUAUGGAAAGCAGUUGGAGGACAUUCAGGAGAAUGUAAGAUUGCAGCAAUCAGAGGCUUCUUUGGCAGGAGAAGAGGCUCGAGCUGCCUUUGUAUUCUUCAAGUCUCGUUAUGGUGCUGCAACUGCUUUCCAUAUGCAGCAAUCAGUCAAUCCCACCCAGUGGAUUACUGAGCUAGCUCCAGAACCUCGUGAUGUUUAUUGGCCUUUCUUUUCUGAAUCAUUCAUGCGAAGAUGGAUAUCUAAGUUGGUGGUUAUAUUUCUGACUACACUUUUCACAAUUUUGUUCCUUAUACCAGUUGUAAUCGUACAGGGUCUUACCAACCUCAGCCAAUUGGAAAUUUUGUUUCCCUUCUUGACAAGUAUUCUAACCAUAAAAUUUGUUUCUCAAGUAAUUACGGGAUACCUUCCGAACCUUAUUCUUCAGAUGUCUCUGAAAGUGGUGCCCCCUAUCAUGGGGCUCCUUACCUCCAUUCAAGGUUACAUCUCACAAAGUGAUAUAGAAUUGAGUGCAUCUAACAAAGUACUGUGGUUCACAAUAUGGAAUGUUUUUCUUGCAACUUUAUUUUCUGGGUCAGUUCUAUACCAGCUGUCUGUCAUCCUUGAUCUGAAGGACAUUCCUGGGAGACUGGCAGUUGCAGUUCCAGCGCAGGCAUCAUUUUUCAUUACAUAUAUUGUCACAUCAGGAUGGACAAGUGUGUCAUCAGAACUCUUUCGGAUAAUUCCUCUAUUUUGCAGCUUGAUGACAAGGCCCUUCACAAGACCAGACGAUGAAUUUGAAGUUCCAUCUAUUCCUUACCAUAGGGAUCUUCCAAGGGUCCUUUUCGUUGGACUUCUUGGUAUUACAUAUUUCUUCCUAGCUCCGCUAAUUUUACCAUUCCUCCUGGUCUAUCUCUGUCUUGCAUACAUCAUAUUUCGAAACCAGUUUAUAAAUGUAUAUGCACCAAAGUAUGAAACUGCAGGGAAAUUUUGGCCAAUUGUGCACAAUACAAUGAUUUUUUCUCUAGUACUCAUGCACAUUAUUGCAGUGGGAAUUUUUGCAUUGAAAAAACUUUCUCCAGCAUCCACUUUGAUGCUUCCUCUACCAGUCCUCACUCUUCUCUUUAAUGAGUACUGCCGAAAACGAUUCUUGCCCAUAUUUGUUGCAUAUUCUGCAGAGAGUUUAAUAAAGAAGGACAGAGAAGACCAAAAUGAUGCUACAAUGGCUGAAUUUUAUGACAAAUUGAUAAUUGCUUAUAAAGACCCUGCUUUGUUUCCCAUUCAAUACUUAUCAAAAACUAAUACUGAUAGUCUACUUAGUCCCUUUGUAUCUUAAGUUCAAUACUAAGCCGCAAAUCCUACCAUAUAAGUUCAGUUGCGUUGGCUGUUUCCUAUAUGUGAUGUAAGAUUCCUAUUUCAAGAGCAAUGAAGUGCAGAAGCCAGAAGGUGUGUCAUUGUGUGCAAAUAGCAUACUUUCGAAU